UUUCAUGGUUAUUGUUAAUUCUGUUGAGGAAAUGAGACCGUAUUUCGUAUAGUCCAUCGUCAUAUUAAUCUUAAUGUGUCUUGAAAUAGGCUGGUAAGAUUUCUUACAGUUUCACGGACGUUCGUUACAUUUAAAAGGCAUAUUUGUGGGUUUCGCGUACAGAGGGUACCACUAUCCUAACUUCAUUAUAAUUCCCACGUUGCAGAAUAGUAUAUUUACAUUACAUUAAUCUUAGGCAGAUUUCUACAGGAAUUAAAUAUUUGACAGUUUUUGGAUAACUAUAAACACAAUAGCCGACAUGAUCAAUAAAAAGAUGCAGGGCGGUUUCUCACUUGACCGAGUGAAGUAGGCUAACAAAUGGAAUGCGGUAAUCCAAGGGAAACUAGGCUAGGGACAUUUCAAACUCAAACGCGAUUUUAAAAACGAAGGAGCAAAGGAAGGAGGAAACAAGGAAUUAAUUCGAAUAAAAGAACGGGUGUCCUGUUAUAGGGGGCGCAGUUUCGAAAAUGAGUUUCUCAGAGGAGCCAGAGACUGAAGCUGGAGCCCUCAGCCCUGCCAGAAAAAGGGUUGUGGUAGAAAGAGCAGGGUCACCUGCACCCAGCUGUCUGUCUAUGAAGAGUAAUGAAUCAAUGGAUCGUCCAAUCUACUUAAAAAGAGAGUUUACAGGUGAUCACAGGAUUCAGCUUUCCCUGCAGCCCAGCCGAUUAAAAGAGAAGACGUCAGGGACAUUACCUUUCUUAAAUCUGUCUCUCCUGCGCACUCUGAUGAAGCUGAAGAAGGUUGAAAAGUUUCAAAUGUUUCAGAGCCAUCUGAGUCAGGAUUGCCCAGAAUGCUGCGUAAUUCUGUCUGAAGAUCCUUCUGUAGUGGAUGAAUUUAUGGAGAUCAAGACAUUGUUUAAGAGUUGUGAUUACUCAGAAUGCAUUGAGAGAGAACAGGAAGAUCCUGAGGCUGUGUUCAUAGCUGAGAAGUUGCUGGAGACCUGUGGCAGUGAGAGGUCUCUGAAGAUUACAAUCCACAUCCUGAGGAACAUGAGGCAGAAGGAUCUCACCAACCCACUGGAGAGUGAUGAGCAGCACAAUAAAUCCAUAGAAAGAGCCCAGCAGGCACUGAAAACUGCUCUGAAGAAGAAGUUUGAAUGCAUAUUUGAAGGUUUAGCAAAGCAGGGCAACCCAACCUUCCUCAAUGAGAUCUAUACAGAGCUCUACAUCACAGAGGGGGGAAGUGGGGGGGUCAAUAAUGAACACGAGGUCAGACAGAUUGAGACAGUAUCCAAGAGACAAACCACACAGGAGACUGCAAUCCUCUGCAAUGACAUAUUUAAGCCUUUACCUGGCCAGAAGAAACCCAGAACUGUUCUUACAAAGGGCAUCGCUGGCAUUGGGAAAACCGUCUCUGUGCAGAAGUUCAUUCUGGACUGGGCAGAAGGAGAAGCCAAUCAGGAUGUUAAUUUCAUCUUUACUCUUCCUUUCCGAGAUCUGAAUCUGAAGAAAGAGAGAGAAUUUAGUCUGAUGCAACUUCUGCAGCACUACUUUCCACAACUGAAAGAGAUCAGAAGUGUUGAACACGAUGAAGUCAGAGUUGUGUUGAUCUUUGAUGGUCUGGAUGAGUGUCGACUUCCUCUAGAUUUCCAAAGCAAUGAGAUCUGCUGUGAUAUAACAGAGUCAUCAUCAGUGGAUGUGUUGCUGACCAACCUCAUUAAGGGGAAUCUGCUUCCCAAUGCUCUACUCUGGAUCACCUCUCGACCAGCAGCAGCCAAUCAGAUACCUCCUGAGUGUGUCCAUCGAGUGACAGAGGUAAGAGGGUUCAAUGACCCACAGAAGGAGGAGUACUUCAGGAAGAGAAUCAGAGAUCAGAACAAGGCCAGCAGAAUUAUUGCACACAUAAAGUCAUCCAGGAGUCUCUACAUCAUGUGUCACAUACCAGUCUUCUGCUGGAUUUCUGCUACUGUUCUGGAGACAAUGUUGGGUGAAGUAGAGAAUGGUGACCUGCCCAAAACACUUACUGAAAUGUACACACACUUCCUUAUCAUUCAGACUAAUGUGAAGAAUCAGAAGUAUCAUGGCACUGAUGAGACAGACUCAAAUAAGAUGGCUGUAUCAGAUACAGAAAUCAUUCUGAAACUGGGGCAGCUGGCUUUUCUACAGCUGGAAAAGGGCAAUCUGAUAUUCUAUGAAGAGGACCUGAGGGAGAGUGGCAUUGAUGUCAGUGAAGCCUCAGUGUACUCUGGGUUGUGCACAGAGAUAUUUAAAGAGGAGUGUGGGUUGGAUCAGGAGAAGACUUACUGCUUUGUGCAUCUGAGCAUUCAGGAGUAUCUGGCUGCCUUGUUUGUGUUUCAUUCAUGUAUAAAUGAGUACAGAAAUGUACUCGGACCAGGAAAGAAAAGAUCCCAAGAAGAACUUUCAGAAGAUGAUGAUGGUGAUUCUGAUUUUCAUCAUGCCCGUGAUGACAAUAAGGUAGAGGAAGAGGAGAAGACUGAUGGUGACAGAGUGAAGCUGUCUGAGUUACACAGGAGGGCAGUGGAUCGGGCUUUAAAGAGUAAGAAUGGACACCUGGACCUUUUCCUCCGAUUCCUUCUUGGCCUCUCUCUGGACUCCACUCAGACUCUUUUAAGAGGACUACUGACACAGACAGGAAGCAGAUCUGAUGGAGGGAGACACAAACCCAACUCCAUUUUUACUUUCUUUCAAAGACUAUGGGCAUGGACAGGAACCACAUCACCUGUACCAGAUCCACAGACACAGACAGAAAGCAGCUCACAAAGCAUUGAGAAAACAAUCCAGUACAUUAAGAUGAAGAUCAGAGAGGAAUCUUCAGCAGAGAGGACCAUCAAUCUAUUCCACUGUCUCAAUGAACUGAAUGACAACUCUCUAGUGGAGGAAAUCCAUAAUUCCCUGAGAUCAGGAAAACUUUCUGAUAAAAAGCUGGAACUAGACCAGUGUUCAGCUCUGGCCUUUGUGUUACUGGUGUCAGAGGAGAUCCCAGAUGAGUUUGACUUGAAGGCCUACAACACAUCAGCAGCAGGUCAUCAGAGACUGCUACCAGUAGUCAGGAACUGCAGGAAGGCCAUACUGACCAGCUGUGACCUCACAGCGAAGUCCUGUGAUAUUGUGGCCUCAGCUCUCCGGUCAUCUAACUCACCUCUGAGAGCUCUGGACCUCAGCUACAAUAACCUGGGAGAUUCAGGAGUGGAGCUGCUCUGUGCUGGACUGAUGAGUCCAAACUGUAAACUACAGAGACUGGGGCUGGGUUGGUGUAAUCUAACAGAGGGCUGCUGUGAUGUUCUGGCUUCAGUCCUGCGUUCUCCUUACUCAGAGCUGAGAGAUCUGGAGCUCAGAGACAACGAGCUGCAGGAUUCAGGAGUGAGAGCGCUCUCUGCUGGACUGGAGGACCCACACUGUAAACUGCAGAGGCUGGGGCUGUCAGGCUGUAGAGUCACACAGAGAGGCUGUGAUUCUCUGGCUUCAGCUCUGUGUUCAAACCCCUCACACCUGAGAGAACUGGACCUGAGAUACAAUCACCCAGGAGACUCAGGAGUGAGAGCGCUGUCUGCUGCUAAACUGGACACACUCACACUGCUGUAAGUACAGAGAGUUUCCAUACUGCACCUCACACACACACA